CAUGCAGAGGAUGAGGCCAUGUCAAAGGUCCUCACCGUAGACGCUAUUUUAUUUGGACUCUUGGUCUUUUCCGGCAUCCUGGGAAACAUUUUGGUCAUCCAUGUGGUGUUUCAGUCGGCCGUUGAGAGUCCAACUCGAAGACUCCCUCCUUCUGAUACUAUUCUGGUGCACCUGUCACUGGCCAACCUGCUGACCUCACUUUUCCGCACAGUGCCCAUCUUUGUGUCAGACUUGGGCCUGGAUGUGUCUCUGUCUCCCGGCUGGUGCAGAGUCUUCAUGCUGCUGUGGGUGUGGUGGCGAGCUGUGGGCUGUUGGGUGACUCUGGCGCUCAGCAUCUUUCACUGCACUACACUGAGGCGUCAGCAUGUGACCUUUGGACCUCUCGCGCAGCAGAGGGAGAGGCGACGGGUUUGGAUCACUCUGGGGCUGGUGUGGGGGGCAAACCUGGUCUUCUCAGUUCCAGCUCUAGUAUAUAGCACUCAUGUCCAUGGCAACGCCACUGUGGAGCUGAUGGUGAUCAGCUGCACCACCAGGCCUCUGCUGGGAUGCAUCUGGGAGUUCCCCUCCGAGAAACAGGGCUCGGCCUUCGCAUCCACCUCGCUGGCCCUUAAUGAGGUGUUGCCGCUGGUGCUGAUGGUUUUCACCAACCUGGCCACGCUCCAUGCUCUGGCAAAGCACAUCCGUGCUGUCACCUCAGGUGGGGAGUCGGGAGGAGCCCACGGGGAGCUGGACAAACAUGUGUCCACUGAACGCAAAGCAGCUCAUGUUAUCAUGUCGCUAGUGUCACUUUUUGUGGUUUGCUGGGCGCUGCAGGUUGCUGCUGUGACGUAUUACAACCAUGACGGGGGACACCACGCCGAAGGGCUGCUGACGGUGUCCCACUUCUCCGCUUCAUUGUUUGUAGGAUUCAGUCCCAUGGUAGUGGCCCUGGGACAUGGCAAGCUGAGGAGGAAAAUCAUGAGCAUGAUGAUAGGGUGGUUUAAAGUCCUUAAAAGUCACAGUGGGGAUGCUCAGGAGGUCAGUAAAUCCCCAAAGACCAAAGGAAAGAAGGGAAAACAAACCAUUUUCAUUGUUCAACAAGAGAGGAAGAUCAUAAAAGUAGAGGAGAAAGUUAAAACAAACAAAUGAUUGACUGCCCUGACACCAGUACAAAAACACUAAAAUAUCUAAACAAAUAAACAGGGACGUUCUUCUGUUUCUACUGAACACAAUGGUUGUCAUGUAUUAUUUUUGAUUAUUCUGAGAUACUUCAAGUCUAGUGCAAGUCUCACUGAGACAUGGUAUGUUGUCUGAGUCGGAAAUUAUUACAGUGCAAUCACGCUGGUUAUUCUUUUAUUGUUGAAAU